AACCUACACAUUUGGAAACCCGGGCUGUCUCUCCAGGAGCUGAUCUCUCUGUAGCUCAGAAGCAGUUGUCAAAACCCUCUGCCAAAACAAAGGCAAGUCACAAGGAUGGGAUGGCUCCAAGACUGCAUGCUCUGUCAAAGUCUUUAGAGCAUAGUAAAGCUGUUGAUUCUCUCAAAAAGAAGCAGCAGCAUAGAAGGGAUCAAACGUCAGUCAGCAUGGCGCAAAAAUUAAAGCGUAAAUAUGAUGACAUGCGUAUUCAGGAAAGAAGGGGAAGCUCUACUUCUGUUUAUCCCAAGGAUCAACAGGAGCCAAAAGCACUUCCAGACUUUGAUUCUUAUAUAGUAGUAGAAGAAGAAGGUUCAGGUGGUUAUGGCACUGUUUACAGGGCAAAGAGAAGAAGUGAUGGAGUCACUGUUGCAAUUAAAUGCCCACACACUAAUGCUCAUAGGCGCCAUGUUAGCAAUGAACAGAAGAUGUUGGAACGGUUUGGGGGUAAAAACUUUAUUAUUAAAUAUGAAGGCUGUCUCACGAAUGGAAAUUCCGAUUGCUUUGUUCUAGAGCAUGUUGAGCAUGAUAGGCCUGAGGUACUAAAGAAAGAAAUUGACGUGCUUCAGCUCAGAUGGUAUGGCUAUUGCAUGUUCAGAGCACUUUUGAGUCUCCAUAAGCAGGGAAUAGUUCAUAGAGACGUUAAACCUGGCAAUUUCCUUUUCUCUCGUAAGGCCCAUAAAGGUUAUCUCAUCGAUUUUAACCUUGCCGUGGAUUUGCAUCAAAAGUAUGGAAACACUUGCAAAUCAAGGAUGGGAUACGAUUUAAGCGUCAAUCGUGUUAUGGUUCAGAAUGCCAAAUCUACACCUCCAACCAAAGGUGGGAAGUUCCCAGCUGCUAAAACUAUGCAAGCAGUCAAUCAGGAGACAACUAAAGUCUCCAAGUCAACUUUAGAUCCUAAAAACCUGAAAAAAAAGGGGCAUGUAAUCAAAAGUCAAGGUGCAGAUGGCUCAGGCAUAACCUCUGUGAAGGAUGUGACAAGCACCAGGACUCCUUCAGCAGAAAGGCGGAGGGAACCUAUGCCAUGCCAAGGUAGGAAGGAGCUCAUCAGCCUGUUACAGGAAACGAUGCAGAGUCCAAAUCAUGAAGCAUCAAGUGUUCCAGCCCCCAUGAGAAAGAGAGUUGCUGCCACUCCUGGAAAAGUGGAUAGCAAGCUUGGCUAUAUUACUCCCAUGCCCCUGCAUUCAUCUGUCAUUGGUGUUGCUGGUGCUGGCUUAACAAAGAAAAGAGGGGAUGGAAAGCACAAGAGGGAAGGUCCUUGUGUUGGAACCAAAGGCUUUCGGGCUCCUGAGGUCCUGUUCAAAUCUCCACAUCAAGGCCCGAAGGUUGACAUCUGGUCUGCUGGGGUCACCUUACUAUACCUGAUGAUUGGAAGAAUGCCUUUUUUCGGAGAUCCUGAACAGAACAUAAAGGAAAUAUCAAAGUUUAGGGGCAGUGAAGAUUUAUGGGAAGUUGCCAAGCUACAUGACCGUGAAUCCUCAUUCCCAGUGGAACUCUAUGAUACACAAUCGUUGCCAUCUACAAAGCUGAGGGAUUGGUGUGAAACCAACACAAAGAGACCAGAAUUUCUUGAGGUAAUCCCAAGAUCGCUCUUUGAUCUUGUGGACAAGUGUUUAACAGUAAACCCUAGAUUGAGGAUCAAUGCAGAGGAAGCUCUCAAGCAUGAGUUCUUUGCUCCAUGCCAUGAAGCUCUGAGAAAGGAGAGGCUUUGCAGGCAGGGUUUCAGCCUGGACUCUAGAACUAGCCAUUCUUGACAUGGACAAAUUAGAGUAUCAAACCUGUGAAGAAUUCUGGAGAGCAAGCUUGAUCAGCUUUGUGGAGGCUCUUUGUGUUCUAAACCUGCUUGUAUGUUAGUUCUCAGUGCACCAAUGAGCUCUAGCAAAUCGCACAUCCCCUCCUUGUAAGAGCAAGGUGGAUAACAAGGUCUUGGGUUCAAGAUCCAGCCGAUGUAUGUGUAACUUACCGAUAAAAAAAAUGUAGGUUAGCUUUCAGUCUUUAGGCUUAUCAUAGCAAUUUCUGUUGUAAUUUUGUACAAUAUCAACUGUCUGUUCCAUUUCAAUUCUUUUUA